AUGAAAAUAAAUGAGUGAUUUAAUGCACCAGCUUUGUACCACAAGAGGAGCUGUGGCAGAGCGGACGUGAUUCUCCUGCUUCUUCAUUUUCUCCUGUUAUAGGCUUACAGUCUGAAGAAACAUCUUGAAGAAUGAGACGCCUGAUCUCUGUGCUGUUCCUGGUGAUCUUCUGCUCUGAGCAGAUGACUUCAAGCGCUGUCAUUCAUAUUGAUUCAGCACAAUCUAAGUGUUGUGUAGAGUUCACUGAUCUGAAGAUUCCUGUGAAAAUGGUGUCGACUUACUACUGGACCAGCAGCAGCUGUCCCAGACGAGCUAUUGUGUUUCUGACAAAAUCAGGGAGAGAGUUCUGUGUAGAUCCAGAGACCGUCUGGGUGAGCGGCCAUAUUGAUAAAGUGGACAAAAGAACAACAGUCUAAAAGAAGCUACACUGUUUCUCUUCGAACUGUGCAUUUCAUAUUGUAUAUUCAAACCUUGUGCUAUUUCCAAUGUGUAUAUAAGUAUUUUAAUUUUACAGAAUAAUUUAUGUGAUUGGGUUCAGCUGUUUUAAUAAAAUAUAUAUCAAUGAUAAAAUGAUCAUAAUAUAGUAAUGUUUUUAUUCUCUAUUCCAUACAUGUAUAUUACGGUAAAUGUUAUUAAAGUGUGUGUGCGUGCA